CCAUUCAUUCUCCCCUCCCCCCAUCUAACGUAAUAUUCAUCUACUCCCUUACCUUACCACUUAUCAGCUCUGACGAUUACUUACCACUUACCCCGAAAAUGUCUUCCCGUCCACGUCGUGCAGCUGCCCAGAGGGCAAACACAGCCAUAACUGACAUGGUCGAUAGCGACAACCAUAUCAAUAGUCGUACGGGCAGAACCAUGUCCUCUAGGACUUCUCGCCGGUCUGAGGGUAAGAGUGCCGCGGCAUCUGACUUGCGCGGUCCUCCUUCCGAGCCCUCAGAUUCUAACCAGCAUAUCCAUUUUACAGUUAAGCUUCCAGCAAGCAAGCUUCGCCAGGCCACUUCUAGCCGUUCCGGACAAUCCGCCCGUCAGCAACCUUCGAUCCCCGGAACUGGGGAUGGAAAGCGGAAUCGAUCUCAGAAGAAGAGUUAUGUCGUAGACACUAGCGAUGAGGAAGAAGACGAGGCAGAGGACGAAGUUCAAGUUGAAGAGGAUGAUGACGAGGAUGAUGACGACGAAGAAGAAGAAGAUGCUGAGGGAGAAGAUGACGACAUGGCAGACGAGGAUGCCGAAGGUGAAAUUGUUGUCGACGAUACUAUGGAUAUCGACGCCGAAGGAGACGACGAUGAGGACACCGAGGGUGAAGAUGACGACAUGGAUGUUGAUCAAAUCCCUCCUCCGGCACCUGUAAUCAAAGUCUCAAAGCCAAAAGCUAAGAGGGCCCUCACCGGCAAGUCAAAGGCUUCUGCUAAAUCUAACUCGAAGGCUGCCACCUCUCAGGCGAGGGACAGCGACGAUGACGAAGAGCUCAGCGAGCUUGAGAGCGAAGCCGAUGAGAUUCAGGACACUGUUAAGGUAGGAGGCGGCGGCGAAGAAGAUGCUGAAGGGGAAGACGAGGAAAUCGAGGCGACCAAUAUCGCCGAAGAUGACGAAGACGACGACGCUGAUAGCGACGGCGGCGCCGAAACCCCUGAUCUCACCCGAAUGACCAAACGACAGCGUGCCCGCUUCGAGGAAAACGGGGAUUCACUUAUGAAACUCUCCGACGAGGUACAAGCUAAAAAGCAUUUUACAGCCGAGGAACUUUCUAUGCGUCGUGCCGAGAUGGCACGCCGACGACGAAACUUGAGUGAAAAGCGCAAUGAGGAAGUUAAAAUGGAGACUAUAAACAAACUACUCAAAAAGCAGGCCCCUAAAACUAAUCGUAAGUCACAACUUGCCGGAGAGCAGACUCCUGAUGUCGAAUCUCGAAAACCCAAUCCGAUAUUUGUCCGGUGGGUCAGCAACAAGGACGGUAGCCGAGUCGCCGUCCCCGAAGAGAUGCUCUCCGGUCCAUCGGGCAGAGUUUUUGUCCCAGGUGGUCUUGGCAGUGGAAAGAUGGUAGAGGAAGUCUCUUAGGUGUGUGUGUAUUAGGUAUGGACCGGUUAUAUUUCCUUUGUCUCAGUAGGGUGGAAGGGUACAUCGCAUUUGUUAAUUUGUUGGGGUAAUAAUACCCUUACUCUACGCUUUUAAAAAAAAUAAUAAAGGUAGUGUGAUAUGUAAUAGAACGAGGCUUUCAUGGCGCUAUAUCACUUUAAACUUCAGGCCCAGGCGUUCCAUAUUGAAUCACGGUCGAAACGUCUCUAUUUCUUAUAUUAUAUUAUAUAAUAUAUAGUCACAUGCUAUAGCUCUGUAUCUGUUAGGGUAUCUAUCUAUUAGGGU